AUGGUGACGGCCCUUGUGUCCACAUCGAAGCGAUUAAAAUCUACGUUGUUUGUUGUUUAUUGUUUCAGUGAGAAAAAGUACGCGCAGAUUGAGAAGAAUGCGCUCGGAAUCGUGUAUGGUGUGACCAAGUUCCGUAAGUAUCUCUACGGACGAAAGUUCGAACUCUACACUGAUCAUGAGCCACUGACCAAGAUCUUUGUGCCACACACGGGUGUGCCCACACUUGCAGCGUUGCGCUUACAACGAUGGGCGUUGAUUUUGAUGGCGUACAAUUACACCAUUCACUACCGCAGAUCAGCCAAGAAUGCAAAUGCGGACAUGCUGUCUAGGUUUCCGGUGGAUGGUGCACGUGUAGCUGUUGAGAGACAGGUGAAUUGUUUCAGUAUGGCAGAUGAGCUGCUAGUUGCUGCGAGGGACAUAGCUGAAGAAACCUGGAAAGAUCCGGUUAUGUCGCGUGUGUUCUUGUACGUUCUGAAUGGCUGGCCGAGAGAACUACCUGACAGUAGUCUGCAGCCAUAUUGGAACCGCCGACUCGAUCAGGACAUUGAGACUUUGGUGAAUGCAUGUGACGCUUGCCUGGCUAUGAAAGACAAGCCAGCCCCUGCCCCACUGAUUCCAUGGCCAUAUUCAACCAGCUUUUGGCAGAUAGUCCAUGUUGACUUUGGGUUCGUUGAGCGUGUGAAUCACUUCAUGCUGAUUGUUUCAUACAGCAAGUGGGUAGAGAUCGAGUUGAUGAAAACGGGCACUACUUCUGAGAAAACUAUUUAUCUGAACAAGACUGUGACAGAAAAACAGGACAAGAUGGUGAAAAAUCAUGAUAACCGUGGUGUCAAGGCAUGGGCUUUUGUCCUCAAUGAGAUUGUGCGCGUGCGCAACUUCCGAAAUGGAAGGGAGAAACGGCUCCCAGGUCGUGUGGUCAAAAUUCAAGGACCACAGUCGUACAUUGUGGAGGUUGGUGGCCGACGUAAAUUUGUACACAUGGAUCGCCUACGUCGCAGUGGAGAACUUACAUUGGAAGCACAGGAAGAACCAGAUCUCAUGCCAGGCAUGCCUCUAGUGCAACCUGAGCGUCUGGCUCCAGUUCAGGCACCAGGACAUGUGGAACCUCCUGCGGGACCCGCUCCAUUGCCUGUUCCUGAGAACACCGCUGUUGCCAGUCCAGCCCCAGCUCCGAGGAGAUCUGAACGUGCAAGAAAACCACCUGAGCGUUUGAUUGAACAUUGUUGA